AUGUCCCUCUCAGUGUACUGCACCGCGGCCGAGCCCGCGCUCUCGCACUGCUGCGGUGUUCUUUCCGGCACCCUCGGUGACGACUACUGCCUCUUGAGCGGUGACGAGGGCCAGCCGCUCAUCGAGCAGUUUACCACCUGCACCACCGAAAGCGCUGUGUGCAGGGAAGGUGCGCCGCCCCUCGAGCCCCGCCAGCGCACGACGUCGAGACGUCCCAGACGUACUUCAACUCGUCCCCGUCGGACGUCCUCUGCACGCCCUCGCCGCACUUCCUCAGCUCGUCCGCGCCGCACCUCCUCUGCUCGUCCUAGGCGCACCUCCUCCGCUCGCCCUCGCCGUACCUCUUCAGCGCGGCCUAGGCGCACUACGUCGGCGCGCCCUCGCAGAACCUCAUCUGCCCGCCCUCGUCGCACUUCUUCAGCCCGUCCCCGCCGUACGUCCUCUGCCCGUCCUCGCCGCACUUCCUCGAGCCGGCCUCGUCGUACAUCCUCCUCUCGCCCGAGACGCACAUCCUCCACCCGCCCCCGCCGUACCUCCUCAGAACCUCCUAGGCGUACCUCGACGGCCAGGGCUCGUCCCACGAGCCAAGCCACCAUCAGGGAGACAGUUACAGUGCAGUCUGUCGAGCCCUCGCCCGUGCCUUCGCCCUCGCCCAGCCCCGUCCCAAUUACCGCCACUGCAGAGGCGCCAGCUCCUGAAACAGUCACCGUUACAAGCGAGGCUCCGGCCAGCACCGUGGAGGUUACGGCGAGCACCUCCGAAUCAGCGACUAGCGAAGCCUCCAACUUGCCGAGCGGGGAGGCCAGUCUUGCGCCUGCUGUGUCAAGCAGUGCUGUGACUUCGUCGUCGGCGAGCCCGGCCGUCAAUCAGUCCGUGAUCAUCCGAACCCGGACUCGACAGGACGGCGGUGCGGUAACCGUCACAUCUCCUAUCGGUCAAGCUGUUGCCGAAGCUCCCCGCAUGCGUCGUCUGAGCGCCAUGGGGCUCCUCGCUGCCGCUGCGGUGGCCAUUCUGGUCAACUAA